AUGGGUCAAGAACAGAGUGGUGUAGAAGAUAAGGAAGUGACUCUUCAACACAUCCAGGAACUUUACCGUAAAUUUGCGAGUGAAUGUCCAAGUGGAAAUCUGCACUUACACGAAUUCAAGAGAAUCUUUGGAAUCAGCAGCAACUCCACAGAAGAAGAAUCUGCAUAUAUGGACAAUGUGUUUCGAUCUUUUGAUACAAAUAAGGAUGGUAAAAUCGACUUCCUGGAGUAUGUGGCAGCACUGCAUCUUGUUCUUCGCGGAAAACUGGUGGACAAACUGAAAUGGUCCUUUAAAGUUUAUGACAGAGAUGGAAAUGGCUGUCUGGACAGACAGGAAGUUAGACACAUAGUCCAGAUCAUCAGCAAGUUAAAGAGGCAUAAGGACCCGAGCACCACAGAGAACGCUGAAGAUAUCUGUGACAGAAUCUUUGAUCUGGUGGACAAGAAUAAAGACAGUCAGAUUUCUUUGGAGGAAUUUAUUGAAGGGGCAGAGAAGGACCCAUGGGUGAUGGAUCAGCUCAAACUGGACAUCGGGCCCUGUGACUGGUUCAUUGACCAGCAGGAGAAGAAGCCCUGA